GUGGUUAUGGUGCCACCGCAUUAAAUAUGAAGCGGGAUCCCCUGAAACUCAAAAGUGGAGACACUGAAUUUCCAAUAACACUUGGUCGAGAUGUGUCUGGUGUUGUUAUGGAAUGUGGCCUGAGCGUGUCUUAUUUCAAACCUGGAGAUGAGGUAUGGGCAGCACUCCCUCCAUGGAAACAGGGCACUCUGUCAGAGUUUGUGGUAGCUAGUGGAAAUGAGGUGUCCUUUAAGCCAAAGUGUCUCAGUCACAUAGAAGCUGCCUCCUUACCGUACGUAGGCCUCACAGCGUGGUCAGCGGUUAACCAAGUCGGAGGGCUGAAUCAAAGUAAUUGUAGUGGGAAAAGAGUAUUAAUAUUAGGAGCUUCAGGAGGAGUUGGUACAUUUGCUGUACAGCUAGUGAAGGCCUGGGGUGCUCACGUGACAGCAGUUUGUUCUCAGGAUGCCAGCACACUGAUGAAAAAGCUUGGAGCAGAUGAUGUGAUUGAUUACAAAUCUGGAAAUCUGGAAGAGCAGCUUAAAACAUUACCCUUAUUUGAUUUCAUCCUAGAUAAUGUUGGUGGAUCUACUGAGAAGUGGGCUCUAGAUCUCCUGAAGAAAUGGUCAGGAGCAACAUAUGUUACCUUAGUGACACCUUUCAUGAUCAAUAUGGACAAGCUUGGAGUGGCUGAUGGCAUGUUACAAACAGGAGUCACUGUUGGUUCCAAAACCGUUAAGCACCUCUUUAAAGGAGUCCAUUAUCGGUGGGCGUUUUUUAUGCCAAGUGGCCCAAAUUUGGAUGAAAUAAGAGAACUAGUUGAUUCUGGAAAGAUUCAACCAGUUAUUGAUGAAGUCUUCUCUUUUUCGGAAGUUCCAAAGGCCUUUCUGAAAUUGGAAGGAGGACAUGCACGUGGAAAAACAGUGAUCAAUGUAAUCAGUAAAUAAUAAAGUAUCUC